UCAAAGAUUGUGAAUCGAUCUAAAAAGAGAUGAAAACAGGUCAUUUGUGUAAUUAUCUCUUACAUGAACACUUCAUUUUUUAUCGUUCUGUUUUCUUUACUGGCAUUCUAUGAAAUAAGUGCAAAAAGUGGCGGUGGUGGAGGACGAGGUGGAGGAGGCCGCGGUAGUAGUGGGGCCAGAAGUUCCAGUAGGUCAUUUUCAAGAUCUGGUGGAGCAGGGGGCGGAAAGUUUCAUUCAAGCUCUAGCCGCUCAUCAUAUUUAAACUAUGACUCCAGUGCCUUUCGGUCUAAUGUUUUCAAGCCAACAACUUCAAAUUCAUACUUCGCGACAGGUACAAGUGGAAGCACACAUGUGAUCAUUCAACCAGCUACCCCAAUAAUAUAUGACAAUCAUCACUAUUAUUGGCAUGGAUACUAUCGUAGUCAUCCCGAGAAGCCAACAAUUUGUGAGUACUCAAUCAGUGAUGAAGAUGGAGAACUCUUCAAUGUCACUUUUGCAAAUAGUACGAAACCGAAAUCCAUAACUUUUGGAUGUGGAAGUUCUGAAAGAUGUUGCGGAAUGGAAUGUUGUAAUAACAUUGGCGACUGGCUCGGAGUAGCAAUCUGGUUUAUCGUUAUUCUUGUGGUGAUUUGCUACAGCUGCUGCAAAGAUUAAUUAUUUCACGGGAAUGGAAAACUAACGAGGUCGACGAAUGAAAGUAUUGUAUUUCAAAUAAAUAAUACAAGUUAUUUAAUUUUUUUAUUUAUGAAAUAAAUUAGUUCAAAAUCUA